GCCUAGAUUUGUGCUUCUCUAACUUUUUUCAUAGUGGGAUUAUAUCGUCCGAUCAGACAAAAGUCACUUGCACUCAAUUAUUCGAUUCAUUUUUAUUAACGGCGAAAGUAGUUCCAUCAUUGCAUUUGUUCCUUGGAGGGUGUAAUUGAUUUGAAUGACCCCAUUGAUUGAGUGACAAAUCUUUCAAGUGAUUCUUGUCAUGGGAACUGGAGUGAUGCUGUGAGCUUCAAUGUGUUAUGUGUAAUAGAGGCUGUGAUUAAUCUACAGCCAUACUAUGCCUACUGUACCUAGGGCAGGUAGUUUGAAGGAUCCAGAAGUAUCGGACCUAUUCGACCAUGACGACCCAGACCGAAUUUUUGAAGAUCUUCGAGAGAUCGGCCAUGGAAGUUUUGGUGCUGUUUACUAUGCUCGUCAUUCAUUCACGAAGGAAAUUGUGGCUAUUAAGAAAAUGUCGUACAUGGGAAAACAAUGCCAUGAGAAGUGGCAGGAUAUCCUUAAAGAAAUUCGUUUCCUUCGGCAGUUGCGCCAUCCCAACACGAUUGAAUAUAAAGGAUGCUACCUCAGAGAACAUACGGCAUGGUUGGUCAUGGAGUACUGCCUUGGAUCAGCUUCUGAUAUAAUUGAGGUACAUAAAAGACCACUGCGCGAGGAGGAAAUUGCCGGCAUUUGUGAUGGAGUUUUACGGGGUUUGGACUACCUUCACACCAUGAAUCGCAUCCAUCGCGACGUCAAGGCUGGCAAUAUUCUUCUGACUGAAAUUGGAACUGUUAAGCUGGCUGAUUUCGGUUCGGCAAGUUUGCACUGUCCAGCCAACAGUUUUGUUGGAACUCCCUAUUGGAUGGCCCCAGAAGUCAUUCUAGCUAUGGAUGAAGGGCAGUAUGACGGAAAAGUGGACGUCUGGUCAUUAGGAAUUACGUGCAUUGAAUUAGCUGAGAGGAAACCUCCUUACUUUAAUAUGAAUGCCAUGAGUGCCCUGUAUCACAUAGCGCAGAACGAUAGCCCAUCGCUGUCGUCUUCUACCUGGUCGGAAGUGUUUCGUCAUUUCGUUGAUUCCUGUCUACAAAAGAACCCCUCUGACAGACCUACUGCUGGUCGACUUUUACACCAUCAAUUUAUUACGCGGCCGCGACCUGGAACUGUAAUCAUUGACUUGAUUCAUCGCACCAAAGCUGCCGUUCGAGAUUUGGACAAUUUAAAUUAUCGCAAAAUGAAAAAAAUUUUAAUGGUUGACUCGUGUGAGACGGAGAGCACUACUGGUGAUGGAGAAGGUGAUGAAGAGCAAGGUGGAGGUGACAGUAGUAAGAGUAAUUCGAUAACAUCUGAGCAGAGUAUUCAGUCAACUGGUAUCAGUGCUAGUUCACAAAGUAGUUCCACUAGCAGUAUUCCACCGCGCACCGUGGAUCCGGACAACAGCUCGAUAUACCCCAUGUCGGUUCGAAAUCGGACGAAGUCACUCCUUGUCAACAACUUGUCCAGCGGGAGUGAUGGUCUGUCACUUAGUACCAACACUGCCAACAGUCUGAAUACUAACCACUUUGCCACGAUAAGGACUACGUCGAUCGUUUCGAAACAGCAAAAAGAACAUAUGCAAGAAGAAAUGCAUGAACAAAUGUCGGGCUAUAAACGAAUGCGCCGGGAACAUCAAAGUGCUUUGGUCAAGCUCGAAGAGAGAUGUAGGGUUGAAAUGGAAGGCCACAAACAAAUGCUUGACAAAGAAUAUGAAACGUUGUUGACUUCCUUUCGUAAAGAGCUGGAAAAGCUUCAUGUCAAACACCAACAAGAACUAGAACGCAAACUAAAGCAAAAUUUGACAGGUGAAAAGAAGCUAACAAAGGAAAUCAACGCCCGACAUUUACUGGAGCGAAAAAAUUUUGAAACUCAGGUCCGUCGUGAAUACAAACAAACCAAAGAAAGGUGGAAGCAAGAACUUAGUAGUGACGAAAGCACAACAAAGCGCCAACGAGAUGCAUCACUACAGAACUACAAAGAUUCACUGAAGGCAAUCGAAGCUCGUGAAGAGGAGCGUUUGACAAAGAGUCAGAAGGACUACUUGGAGUUGGAAGUGCGUAGGUUACGGCGUGCCAAACUCCUUUCAUACCACAGGCUAGAACGUGAGCUCUUGUGCGAAGAGCUCAACAGGAGGCAAGCUCAGUUGGAAACGGCUCACGCCAUGUUGCUUCGCCACCACGAGCUGACGCAAGAGCUGGAGUAUCGCCAGCAGCGAGCUGUUCACAUGCUUCGAGAGGAGCAACUUCGACGACAGCAUCAAACGGAACUAUCAAAUCAGCACGAGUACACGCAGCGAGCAGAGCGCGAAUUACGCAAGAAACACGCUGUCGAGUUGAAGCAACAGCCCAAAAGUUUGAAGCAGAAGGAAAUUUUAAUUCGCAAGCAAUUCCGAGAGACGGUCAAGAUUCAAACCCGCCAGUACAAAGCCCUGAAGGCCCAAGUUCUAGCUUCGACACCGCGAGACCAACAGAAGAGUGUGAUAAAGAAAUUAAAGGAUGAUCAGAGACGUAAAUUAGCUUUGCUGGGUGAGCAGUACGAGCAGAGUAUCGCUGAGAUGCUUCAGAAACAAUCGAUACGCUUAGAUGAAUCACAAGAAGUGGAAGCCCAAGUAAUGCGCGACAAACUACAGCGAGAAUUGGAAAUUCUUAUGGCAUACCAGUCAAAAAGUAAAAUGACGGCUGAAGCACAGCGCAACAGAGAAAGAGCAGAGUUAGAAGAACGAGUAUCGGUGCGCCGUGCUCUCCUCGAACAAAAGAUGGAGGAGGAGACGCGAGAAUUCUUGCGAGAACGUUCCGAUCGGAUCCGCCUACUUCAUGAAAACCAAGCUAAAGAGCUAGAGCGUUUUGACGAUGAAUCGGUUAGACUUGGUUUCAGUGCAUUAGCUAUUGCUGAGCCUCCACGUGAGACGUAUGGAGAUGACGAUUCCGAUAGCAUGACAGGAAGCACAUUAAGUCUGAAUCGUCCCGGGGUGUCGAACAACCACGGUCCCAACCACUCGGUAGCAACCACCUCAGCAUCAUCCUCGUCACAAUCUUCCUCGUUUACUCCGUCGUCCAAUUCGGUCUCUUCCAACUAUGCCUACACCGGACGCCCAUGACUUGUAUGGCCAUCCAAUAGGUUUUAUCGACCUCCCGCCCUUGUAUAGUAUUUACUCUCAGCACCUCUACACGCCAGCUAGACGUGGCACAGGAAUGAUGGUCGAAUCGAUCCUUAGCAUUCUAAGCAGGGAACAAGCUCGCAGGCUUGCGUCUACAAAAUUGAUUGAUAGAGCCAUUAGGUCAUGGAGAGGUGAGGGGAGGUGGUGGGCAAUUAGUCAACAGCCUCCUCCGAAAUCCAUCUCGGGCGAAGCGGCUUUUUAAAAUUGUAAUUAUCCGAAUGUUUAACAGGCCAUAAAUCCACACACGCCCCUUGAAAAAAAAAACUAAAACUAAAACUUACAAAAAAAAAAAAAACUAAACUAACAAAACAAAAUAGAAAAAAACAAAAAAACAUCCCAGAUACAUUGACUGCAACACAAUCUGAUAGUAGAAAAGUCCGUUCUCAUUUCGUGUCCUUCGUCAGUGAUUAGGAUGGGCCAAACAAAUGUACUGGUGAAUGCGUCUUGUCAAAGAGUUUUUGCAUCGCCAUGCUUUUCACCCGAAGACUUGUUACAGCCAAACGCGAAACUUAUUCAGGCCGUUUUUAAGGUUUUUGGGAAAAGAUCCUGUUAAGUGGAAAUGCUAGACAUAAUUUUGACUUGAGGUACAUAUCACAUUCGAACUUCGACCCGUACUGUUCACGAAUCUACUGGCAUGUCCCCCUGCUUGUAACCGUUCGUCUGCGCAUGUUUGUUUUCAAAUUAUAUUUAGUGAAAAUGUCACUAUUUAUGACGAGUCGGCUCUGAACUCGACUAUUUGAACAAACAGAACAGCGAAAUAGUGGACUCCCGCAUCUUAGAUCAAAAGAGAUGUUUCUGCCCUAUUCAUGUUGCAUUUGAUUAUCGCAUAGUUGACUUCAUCAUAAACAUGCAAAUAUUUUGAUUUCCCUCUUCAUUGAAACCCAAUAUUAAUGAAUCAUAUAGGACAAUUAUGUUUAGCAUCUUUAACGUUCCCUGUUAUGUCAAGGAAUUUCCAACAGCCACAGCUAACUAUCGUAGUCAUCUGUUGAUGCUAAAGUUGAUUUCAUCCGUUUUCAUUUGCUUUUUUCUAACUACAGCAAUUGUCUGGUGAAAGGCGUGUUUUGUGCGAAUUCCGUUUAUGUAUGUUAACGACGAACAAAGACAAGUUUCAGACACGUCAUACACUUUCACGCAAGGACAAUGAUGAAAUCGAUCUAGAAGGGGAAAAAAGAGACAGUAUAAGCACGUUUUACAUCAAGUGAGCAAGUUGUGUUACAGCAAAAGGAAAAGCCGAAAAUUUUCGUAGCCCAAUUGUAGAAAGUUCUUCCUUAUGCCGCCAAGAUUUCCCACAACUGCGUAAUAAUCACCUCACUCUUAGCUAUUCCUGAAGUGCUUUCCGUUUAAAGUUGCCUAGUUCUUUGAAUUCUUCAAUGACUUUUGAAUUUCGGCUCACAUAACGUGCAAAUUAUUCACCUCAAAAAAAUAGGGUCAAAAGGAGGCAAGAGUGUAGAUUUUCUCGUCAGUGGAAUAUUUGGACCGUUGUAAGAUUUUUUUUUUCUCCCGAAGUAUUCCGUGCGUGUAUUUCCCCUCGUGUUCCGCUCUUUUUUUCUCUGCCACUUUUCUUAUUUGGAUUUGUUCCAUUUUUUUUUAAUAAUUUUUAAUUUUUUAAAAAUCUUCGUCAGAGGGAGGUAUUAACUUUGGGAUUUCUCUCCCAACCUAUAGCUCAUCCCCAUACCUAAGUUCUAUAUAGACCCUCUUGAUCCUCUCUGUUACAACAAACGCAAGGAAUGAGUGUUACCGAAACAUAUUCGAAUACAAUACACUCGUCAAAUUUUA